CUGGAGACAAGACACAGUGAGCCAGAGGCAGAAACAGAGGGAACAGAAAAAAGCAAUAAGAGGGUGAAUGAAAGCGAGACACACAGACAGAGAAGAAGUGAAAGAAAAUAAAGCAACGGAGGGUUUUUAUUUAACAUAGCAAAAACAUCACAGCAGAAAUGGCAAAGACAGCGGGAGGAGAACUCUUGGCAUUACUCUUGUUCCUGAGUGCCAGUGUGCCAUGUUUUUCUGUGUAUAACAGUGGGGAGUGCUUCUUCAACACCAAAGGGAGCUGCGAACAUAUGGGACAGGUGUAUGGGAUAGGGGAAAGCUGGAUCACCAGUGACUGUUACCAGUGCGUCUGCAUGGAGCCUUUUGGAGUUGGAUGCUGUGACCAUGGAUCUAAACCUGUGGACUAUCCAGACUGGUGUGAGAUCAUCCGUAAACCUGACUCUUGCACCAGUGUUGCUGUGAUGAGAGCCAACCAUAAACUUCCAUGCCUCUGGGGACGAGAUCGUCUUAGACCAGCUGCAGGACAACCAUGGAAAUCUGACAAUGAUCCUAUAUUUUGAGUUGAGUAAUUAAUAUAAGAAAUAAAAAAUGAUAUAAUAAUGAAAAUGCAAUAUAGCAAUAUGUGAUGUUUAUUUUGAAUUCACCAAAUAAAGAUGAUGAGUUUUGUUUCAUUAUGAAGUUAUGUGACUAAACCUGGAUGCUGGAUUUUACAAAAAAAAUUCUACAAAUAACUUCCACAGGAAUCAUCUGUUACUUCUGUUUAUAUCUAUCAUUUCAUAUUUUUAAAUUGUGUUGUAGAUAGUUGCUGUUGAUGAGUCUGUCUGAAUGUCUUGUUUUAUUGUUUAAUGUUUUAUUUCUGCUUCAUGUUUUAAGAUUCAGUAAAAACUAAAUGUCUAAUUCCUGGUUUUGUCAGA